GAGACAUGUUCAUUAAAUAUUAAUAACGACAAAUAAAACGUAAUUAAAAAUGGCUGUUCAACAUCAACAUUAUACCGUUGAAGUAGGAGACACCAAUUUUACUAUUCUUGGUCGGUACAUAAACUUAAGGCCAAUUGGGUCUGGUGCACAAGGUAUAGUAUGUGCUGCUUAUGAUACGGUAACUGAACAAAACGUUGCAAUUAAAAAACUAUCCCGACCAUUCCAAAAUGUAACUCAUGCAAAGCGAGCUUAUAGGGAAUUUAAGCUUAUGAAACUCGUAAAUCACAAAAAUAUCAUUGGAUUACUUAAUGCCUUUACUCCUCAACGCAAUUUGGAAGAAUUUCAGGAUGUGUACCUCGUAAUGGAGCUGAUGGAUGCCAAUCUUUGUCAAGUGAUUCAAAUGGAUUUGGAUCAUGAUAGAAUGUCAUAUUUGCUUUAUCAAAUGCUUUGUGGAAUAAAACAUUUGCACUCGGCUGGAAUUAUUCAUAGAGACUUAAAACCAUCUAACAUAGUUGUAAAAGCAGACUGUACCUUAAAAAUUUUGGACUUCGGUCUUGCACGAACAGCUGGUACCACUUUCAUGAUGACUCCAUAUGUUGUAACUCGCUAUUAUAGGGCGCCCGAAGUUAUUUUGGGAAUGGGCUAUACAGAAAACGUUGAUAUUUGGUCAGUUGGGUGUAUUAUGGGAGAAAUGAUAAGAGGAGGCGUUCUAUUCCCUGGCACUGAUCACAUAGAUCAAUGGAAUAAAAUAAUUGAACAACUGGGCACUCCUUCUCCAUCAUUUAUGCAACGCUUGCAGCCAACCGUUCGGAAUUAUGUAGAAAAUCGGCCAAGAUACGCUGGUUAUGCAUUUGAUAGACUUUUUCCAGACGGAUUGUUCCCUACUGAUAACAACCAGAAUAGUCGAAGAAAAGCUGCUGACGCCAGGGAUCUUUUAAGCAAAAUGCUGGUGAUUGAUCCAGAACAACGGAUAUCUGUAGACAAGGCUUUGAAGCACGAAUACAUUAACGUGUGGUAUGAUGCCGAAGAAGUAGAUGCUAUGUUUCUAUAACCUCGAAUGGUCUGGAUCAAGCUUAUGACCAGUUUCGUUUUUUAAGAAAAAUUAUAAUAACAGGAGGCAGGACUAGUAGGAAUGUGACAGUUCAUAAAGCUAUACAGCCGAGAUAAAAAAGAUAUAGAAAAGAGACCGGAUGAUUUAGACUCACAGGAUUGCAACGAGCUUCUACAUUUUUUACGGCUGGGAGAAAAUUAAAAGUUAUAAUUGACCCAAAAACUAUGACCCGUAAAGGAGAUUAAAAACUUGUCGGUCUACAUAUUCAUAACACCUGUAAAGGAGUUUUAAAAGUAGCGGUCUGCGUCCUCUUUUAAAGUUAGUUCCA